AUGUCCCCCAGCCUGCGUCUGCCCGCCCGGGCCGCCCUCCUGUCCCGCUCCCCGCCCGAGCCGGGGGUCCCCCGGGCUCCCCCAGUCCCCCCCGCUGCCUCUGCCCCGCCCCGCACCCCCCGGCCCCGGGGCCUGGCCGAGAUGCCGGGGCCGAGCUCCGCCGCCUUCAUCUUCGAGCUGCUGUGCCGAGGGGGGGUGCGGAGGCUGCACGAGAUGCAGGUUCACGGCCGGGCCCGGUUCGGGCCGCUCUGGAAGGCCCGGUUCGGCCCGGUGCUCACGGUGCACGUGGCCGAGCCCGCGCUCGUGGCUCAGGUGCUGCGGCAGGAGGGGCCCGAGCCCCGGCGGGCCCUGAGCUGCCCAUGGAAGGAGCACCGGAGCCUCCGGGGGGUGCCGGGGGGGCUCCUCACCCUGAUGGAGGGCGAGGCGUGGCGGGGGUCGCGGCGGGUGCUGGCGCGGGGGCUGCUCCGCCCGGGGGCGGCCGAGGCCUUCGCGGGGCCGGUGGCCACCGUGGUGGCCGAGCUGGUGGCCCGGCUGCAGCGGCUGCGGCGGCGGCACCCGCGGGGCGUCGUCCCCGACAUCGGCACCGAGUUCAACCGCUUCGGCCUCGAGGCCAUCUCCUGGGUGCUGUUCUCCUCCCGCCUGGGCUGCCUGGGGGACCCCGGGGACGCCACCGCGGCCACCGAGGGCGUGAUCCGGAGCGUGGGGGCGGUGCUGGCGCUGACGCUGGUGACAAUGGCGCUGCCGCGUCCCCUCCUGCGCCUCGUCCCCGCGCCCUGGGACGCCUUCUGCCACGCCUGGGACCAGCUCUUCGCCUUCGCCAAGGGACACGUGGACCGGCGCGUGGCCGAGGUGGCUGCGCGGGGGCCGCUGGCCGAGGGGGACACGUGUGUCACCGACCUGCUGGCCCGGGAGCGCGUCCCUGUCAGCAGCAUCUACGGGAACGUCACCGAGCUGCUGCUGGCCGGGGUGGACACGGUGGCCAGCACGCUGGCCUGGAGCCUGUACGAGCUGGCACGGAGCCCGGGGGCACAGGCGGCCCUGCACCGCGAGCUGGUGGCUGCCACUGCCGCCAGCGGCGUCACCAACGGUGACAGUGCCACCACCGACGGUGCCACUGCUGCUGCCACCGCCGCUGCGCUGGGACGGCUGCCACUGCUACGUGCUGUGGUGAAGGAGACCCUCAGGCUGUACCCCGUCAUCCCGGCCAACGCCCGCGUCGUCCCCGACUGCGACAUCCGCGUCGGCGACUACCUGGUGCCACGCCAGACCCUCAUCACCCUGUGCCAUUACGCCACGUCCCGCGACAGCCGCUUCUUCCCGGCGCCCGACGCCUUCCGCCCGGAGCGCUGGCUGCGCCACAGGGACACCGGUGACACUCCUGGGGACACCCCCGGGGACGCCCCCGGGGACACCCUCGGCCCCAGGCACCCCUUUGCCUCUCUGCCCUUCGGCCUCGGCCCCCGCAGCUGCGUCGGGCGCCGCCUGGCCGAGCUGCAGCUGCACAUGGCGCUGGCACAGAUCCUGCUGCGCUUCGAGGUGCGGCCGGAGCCCGGGGGGGGCCGCGUGCGCCCCAUGACCCGCACCCUGCUGGCCCCCGGCGCCCCCAUCAGCCUGCGCUUCCUCGAGCGGUGACACCGGGGACAGAGGACACCGGAGAGACUGCGGGCAUGGGGACACUGGGGACACCAGGGACACCGGGGACACCGGAGAGACUGCAGGCAUGGGGACACCGGGGACACUGGGGACACCGGAGAGACUGCAGGCAUGGGGACACCGGGGACACCGGGGACACUGGGGACACUGAGGACACCGGAGAGACUGCGGGCAUAGGGACACCGGGGACACUGAGGACACCGGGGACACUGAGGACACCGGGGACACUGGGGACACCGGAGAGACUGCAGGCAUGGGGACACCGGGGACACUGAGGACACCGGAGACUCUGGGGACA